ACGCAUUCUGUAUGCGUGAAGUGUCAAAAAUAGACUCGGCGCGUAAAUUUAGCGGAGCGCCGUGACAAGGCGCUUCUGGGACGCUUCUGAGACGUGCUGCGACGCAAACCAAACUAUUGACUAAAACGGCAGUGGAGGCCACGGCGCAUCCGUAACGCACUUGGUAUAAAGUAGGACUUACUGUCCCUCACAAGACUCCGUAGCUGCAGGAGAAGCGGCUGUCAUGCAGACGUUCCUUGACCUGCGGACCGGAUGAAGGCCUGGUUAAGACCCUAUGAAGACUUGAUGAAGAUGGCCACCCUCUUCCUCGCCACCCUCUAUGAAUACUCGCCUCUCUUCUCCAUCGCUGUCGUCUCUCUCUGCUUCUUUGUGACCGCCGCCAUGUUACUCGGCUGGUUCGGCUUUGACGUCCCAGUGAUCCUUCGCAGCCAUGACGACGAGUCCAUCACCCCGACCCCAGAGAAAGCCAUGGUCCAGGUGACCAAUCCAUUUGCUCUGGAGCUGGGAUCUGGACCAGCGAGUGUCUUGGAGGGAGUGUCCCUGAGGCCUCAGUGUCUACAGCCCUGCAUCCUCAGCUGUUUCUGGGGCUGUGAGGUCUCUGCUCUGCAGGUUUUGCUGCAGGACCACCAGCAAAACCGGAGACUCAGGACACCCCAGCACUUCCAGCAGGCCCUGCACCUCCACUACCAGUACCACCAGAACUUCCACAUUGGCAGCGAGGACUCAGAGGAACGGCGGACUCUCAUCCCGGCUAACAUGGGGAUCACAGACUUCGGACCCCUGCCCAGACAGCGGUACCCUCUGGUGUCGGUUCUGACAGUGGCAAAGACCGCCCACCCGUACAGCAUAGUGUCCAGUGUGACGGUCCUUCAUGUUCCUGAUGAGCGGUACCAGCUGUCUGCUCGGGUUCUCUUCCAGUACCUUCUCACCUCGGAGGGGAACGUGUAUGAGCUCAAGCCUCUCUUCAUGUCUGCUGAUAGUGGGGGCCCAAUGGUGCCCCCGCCCUGUGUGGAGGACUGGUCUGAGGAUGGAGACUGGUCUGAGGGGACGUCCAGGGACUGUGUGGUCUGCCAGAAUGCAGCAGUGAACCGGGUCCUGCUGCCCUGCAGACACGCCUGUGUGUGUGAUCAGUGUGUGUCGUACUUCCAGCACUGUCCCAUCUGCAGAGCCUUCGUCAUGGAGUCUUUCAUACUGGGACUGGCAGCAGAACAAGGACAUCAGCAGGAAGGGUGAAGAUGGGAGAGUGUGAGGACAUUUUGGACGGAAAGGAAAAAGAUCUUAUAAGAAUAAACAUCAGAACUUCAGUAAAAAAAACAGGAGCUCCCCCUGCUGGCUGGGAGUCUUUCAUCAUGUCUGUGGAGUUAAAAUCUGGGGAAGUGAAGAUAAAUCUCCAUGGAAACGGGUUGUUGUGUAUCAGACUGUGUAGUUGGACUGUUUCAGCGCCAUCAUAAUCUCAGAAAAUUUGAGUAUUACAUGAACUGUUGACCAUGUGAAGAGUCUAGUCCUGCAUAUGAAGCCAGGUCUUGGUCUAGUCCUUCUGCAUGGACUCCUGCCUCCAUGCGGCGUGGAUGUUACCAGCCUGUGGUCCUGCUGGGUGGAAUGAAGACCAGGAUGCUUCAAUUCUUCAGCUUUUCUGCAUUGCUCUGUCUCAUGUGUCUCAUCUUCCUCUUUGCAACGCUCCAUAGAUUUUCUACGGGGUUCAGGUCUGGAGAGUCUGCUGGCCAGUCCAGCCCAGUAAACCUUGGUCAUUGAACCAGGUUUGGGUUCUUGUAGCAGUGUGGUAGGUGCCAAGUCCUGCUGGAAAAUAAAGUCAGCAUCUCCACAAAGGAAGCAUGAAGUGCUCUAGAACCUCCUGGUAGACGCUGGACUUAGUAAAGCCCAGUGGACCAGCACCAGAUGACAUGGCUCCCACAUCACCACCCAAUGUGGUUCGCUUGAUGGUUUAUGGUUCCAAGGACAUAUUUUGGAGCACAAUGCAACUUGAUGCUGCGAGAGUUCCUUCCUGAGAUGGGGUGGACCUGUUGAGGGUCCCCACUCGGGUCAUUAAUUCCUGAGCAGUGUAGUGUUUUCCUCCCCCUCCUUGGGGAGAAGUUUCUUUUGGUCUGUGUUAAGGGAAAUCCAUCUGACGAUAAGUUAAUAAAACAUUAAAAGCAAA